AUGGCUGCACGUAGUAGAACGCGAGGCGUUCUGAGCUACCUGCUCCCAGCUACAAUCAUUUUCUGUUACUACAUCACGCCUACCACUGCAAUGCGCUCUUAUACUCAGUACGAAAACUUCUUCCCGGCCUGGGAUCACAUCAUCAAAGAACAGCUCACUAAUAGCUGCACUGAGCCUCUGAACAAUUACAAGAACCGGUCUGACCCAACUCGACAACUAGGCUACCAUGUAAUAGACUGCAUUCUGGAUACAAUGCCCGAGUUCCGCAAAGCCGAACUUGCUUCAGCCGCUGUUAUUCUGGGUCUCGCGCCUACAGUUCUUCAGUUGAUGAGUGCAUCGCAUCUCGACACCGCUAUGCUUGCGUAUCGUCGACCCGUGCUCGCCUCUUUGCUUUCAAUGUCCAGUUCCGGAGUGCGGCCUCUCACAGCAACAGAAUACGACGGCUUCAUAACUGCAAUGGGUACUGAUCCUUUUCAUACCAACUUUGGCAAACCGCAAUCAGUAUGGGCACCUGCUGUUGUGUCUAUGCUGGAGUACAUUGUCGCUUCUGCAGCUGUUGCAAAUAAUGCCUAUCUUGCAUAUGAGCUUAGCACAUUGGCAGUGUGUACGUUCUCACCAGCCGAAGACUUCCUUCCCGCCGUAUGGACUGCUGCGGCUGUGGCCAUACACCUAGUCGGAUACCUUGCUGCCAGAUUGAAGAUUUCCGUCAAGGGGAAAGGUGGAGGGAAAGAAAAUAACAAUCGGGAUCGGUUGUUAUACAGAGUCUGGGCUGAGCUUACACCUACUCCUUGGCAGAGUAGACUCGAGGUCAAAACAAACGAUAAGCACACUGGCUGGUUUCUUGUGCUGGUUUCUGUUCUCUACAUCGGGGAUGCGCUGCAGGCUUUCUACGGUACUCUGAUUCUUUCGAGUUUGGUGUUUAUAAGUGUUAGGGACUCGGCUAUCAUCGUGAUACGGUUGAUGGCGAGUGCUCUUUUCGCCAGAGGUAUUCUUAUCUAUGAACUAGCCGGGUUUAGGAUGGAACGAGAUGGGAAUCAUGAAUCUGGAAAGCCUCGUUACUCGGCCGUAGAAACACAGUAA